UUAUCUACGUACCUAUCGCAGUGUUCGCUACGCAAUCGGUGAUCGUCUUGUCGGUGAAUAUUAAAGAAACUAGAAUUUAAAAAUGUCUUCGAACGAUUCAUACACCGAAUUAUGUAGCAGCGUAACUUUGCAAUCGAAUAAAGAAGGAUUUUUUCGACAGUUUGCUGACAGAGUCUCAAAUGCCGUCAACGAAGAAUGGCUGGAUAAAUUCAUGCAGUUACCCAACGAGAACAAAAUAUUAAAAUGUUGGACCGAUAAAAAGGUUCGGAAUGAGAUGCUUCAAACCCUUGAAAAUAUUCAAGAAGUAUAUCGAGGAAAAUCAGCUCGCCUGGCAAUGCAACGACGUCAAGAAGCUGAGCAUUUUUUCAAAAGAGGAAAUCUGGAGAAGGCUCUUUUAUUGUAUACUCAAAGUGUGAUCAGAGCACCUGCGGCAAAAGAUGGUGACACGAAUUACGAUGAUGGAAUUACUUUGGCGUUGGCUCUUUGGAACAGAUCAGAGGUCCUAUUCGAUAUGAAAAAAUACCAUUUGUGCUUGGAUGAUGUUAAAUUAGCGAUGCAAGAGAAAUUACCCAAGAAUUUGAAACUAAAUGCAUUUUGGCGAAUGGCGGAAUGUUACAUAAAUGUACGCCAGUUCAACGAAGCUCGUAUUUCACUGAAAAUUGCAUUAAAACUAGCCAAUAACGAUUGGCUCGAUAAAAUAAAUAAUAAAAUCGAAGAGUUGGAAACGUUGAAAAAUGAAUCAAUUACCGAAUUGUGUGAAAAUACUCCAGUACAAUGGCAAGAAUUAUCCAACGGAUCACAUCCUGUUUUCGAACAAGCUUCUCAGAAACUUCACCUCGCUCAGAAUAAAAUCGCUGGAAAACAUUUUAUAGCCGGAGAACAAAUACUUACAGGUGAAACUUUACUGACAGAAGAUCCUUACGUUUCGUGUCUUUCGCCAGAAAAAUAUGGCUCGCAUUGCCAUCAUUGUUUUCAAAGACUAGAAUCCGGUGUUCCAUGUUCUGAUUGUUGUGCAGUUGCAUUUUGUAGCCUGAAAUGUAGGCUAGCAGCUUUAAACUCGUAUCACAAAUACGAAUGCCAUUAUUUAGAUCUUUUAAUAGGAUCUGGUAUGAGUGUGUUGAGCUUUGCAGCUUUGAGAAUCGUUACUCAGCAGAAUGUGAAAUAUUUUAUCGACGCGUUGGAUCCAAAAAAUACUCAGCAUCAUUACAAUCAAGUGCAAAGUUUAACUAUUCACGACGAUAAACGAUCAGGAAACGAUUUCCUACAUCGAACGUUAAUGGCAAUAUUCUUACUAGCUGUGUUGAAAAAGAGUAAAUAUUUCUUGCAUCCGAUCAAAGUCGAUACUCUGAAUCCUCAAGAAUUGAUGAUCGGUCGAGUUUUAUUACGAAAUUUGGAAGUGCUUCAGUUCAACGCUCAUGAAAUAUUUGAACCAGUUGAAUUUAAAAAUUCCAAUAAACCAGUGAAAGCUUUAAAUAUUGGAAUCGGUUUGUACAAGACAGGUUCUUAUUUCAAUCACGAUUGUUAUCCUGCUGUUUCGAGAUUUUUCGUUGGAACAAAAUUAUUCAUAAAAUCCUGUCGACCAAUCGAUAAAAACGAACUGGUAGGUGAUAAUUAUGGAGUCAUAUUCACCAAACACGAUCUCACCGAAAGACAGCAAAAAUUAAAAUCGAGAUAUUGGUUUAAAUGCGAAUGCUGCGCUUGUCUACAAAAUUGGCCCAAACACGAUUCGAAAAGUGAUACUUUAUUCAAACUAAGAUGCGAAAAGUGUAAAAGUUCGGUUACGUGUGAAAAAAGUGAGUUGAAUCCGAUCUGCAAAAAUUGUUUCCAAUCCUGUGAUCAAAUUUUAAACGAAAGUAAGGUUCUAAUAGAAGAAUUUGAUUCGAGAAAAGAGGAAGCGAAGAAAUUAAAUGAACAAAACGUAUCAGUCUUGUGCAAGUUGCAAGAUUCUCUCGCCAACUACUUGUAUCCUCCGAACCGAACUUUCGACGAAAUUCAAGAAAAAUUAUUAAAUCUUUGGAUGCAGUACGGAAAUGUAUUUGGUUUCAUUCAGAAAUAAAGAUUGGUUUACGAAUUACGAGUAA